AUGUCGGCGCCAGAAACAACCAUCCCGGAUCGCGCAUUGCACGAUGCAAUCAUUGUCGCUCUUUCGCUUGACGCUCAGUCUGAGAAGGAAGAAGCCCUAACUGCAGCGCUCAAAAGCUGGAAAAGCGAUGACGACGAAACUCGCUCUCCUCACCUGCUCGUUCACGUCCUUCAAAACAUGUACGAGCUCCCAGAGCUGCCUACAGCCCUCAAAAACCAAGAUGCUUCCGACUAUGAUACGCUAAAAAAGGUCUGCAAAGAGCUCAAAUUCACACUACUAUUCGCGUCCGUGAAGAAAUUGCUCGGCUGCAAUCUCUACGUGGAAAACCGCCAUUAUCGGAGGUGGGAGAAAAGCCGUCCUAAGAUCGAUCCGAAAGAUGACACCUGUACCAUCACCGUCGACCAGCUAAAGCUGAUGCAAGUCGUCGAUUUGAAAGGAAAGCCGCGUGAAUUACGACUACCCGUGCGAGAUACUGAAGUUACCCAGAAGGAGGCCUUCACACAUGAGACUGCUAAGAUUGAGAUUGAGGACGGUGGCGACGAGAUGGAAGGUGCGAGUGAGGCUUCACUAUUCCACCAACAUAUCAAGACUGCGCUCGUAAUCAUUCCUCCACACAAAUUCCACGCCUUCGUUAUUCGCAACCGUUUCGCGCUCAGCCCCGAAGGUAAGGGAAUUGAAGCUGCUCUCUUCAUGGUCCCUGGAUUCGAAUAUGCGAAAGCAGAGCCAAUCGUCAAGUUGCUCAAUGAAGCUACGGAGAAAGUGCGAGCACCCGACGCAGGCCCGGCUAGUCUUCCGGAACUACAGAGGCUCUGCAAGCUUUUGCUCGAAUACCACGAUCCAGGCCAUUACCGCAAAGAGCGACAAGUCUUCAUGUGCGCCAGGUUUCCCCUGAUACCCGGGGAGGUGUUGGAUCAGCUGACCGCUGUGUGCAUCGAGCUUGGCUCCGCGGAUCUGUGGCAGAAGGCUAUGGAACAGCUCAGUGCCUCUUUCCAACGCCAAGUACGCGCCGAUCUGGCUAUCGGUGCGAUAGGUCGCUUGGUGUACAAGACAAAAGAUGCCGAGCAUCUGAAGAAGGCAGAUGGGCUCGUAAAGUCCCAGAAUGGUAUCAAAAAGAAGAUGGAGAUGUGUGAUAGCGUCCAGGCAGCAUACGACCGAGCUCGCGACGCAGAAGAUAAGAGUGCUCAGUCAAUCAUACCAGCCGCCAUGGCCACCUGGCGAGCCUCCAUCAUCCGCGAGACAGUACCUGGUAGUAGAUUUAUCAGCCUCAGAGAUUGCCUACCACUGCUUGAAAACGGCCGCGAGCUCGAAGACGCAUUCAUUCACGAUACACUUUGCUCCAUGGCCAAGUGCGCUGGUAUCGACGUCAUCGAGGCCUUUCUCAAAGAUGUGGCCAAGCUCAACGGCAAGGUCCCAGACGCCGAUAUCCAACGUUACUGCAACAUUGUCCUUGGUUCGAGCGCCUCAACUCUCGAGAAUGUCAGUUGGUAUCAUUUGAGAUCCAUGCGAAAGAUACUACAGCAUCACCUGUCGGUGGCUGAGCCUGCGAUCCGCGAGUACUGUCUCAAGAAGCUGGGUGCGCCAACGAAAAAGCCAGAGGUUCGGAAAGGGAAGGUUCACGACGAUGAGGUUGGAGACUUCGUUCUAAUAUCACAGACGUUUGGAGAGGAAGUCUUACCCCUCCUUCUCCCACACCUGGGCGGAUUCUUAAACGAUGUCCCCUGGCUAGUCCAAUUGCUCAUCCAAGUCAAAGACUCGGAGGAGUGGGCUUCAGAAACCUUCCUUCCACAAUUCUGCACCACCGUCCUCGAACCCGCCGUCGAGCGAGCGAAACUGGUAGUCUCUAGACCAGACAUACCCGUCGGCGAAAUGAUCCGCGAUUCUUUCCCAUUCCGCAAAAACAUAGCGCCAGUUCGCGGCACCAAUGAGGGAGACCGCGGUGUCACGAUGGAGGAGUUGAAGCUGCUGAUCCCGCUCCUCAAACACCUAACCCUGGACCAUGUUGUGGAUCGGCUGGCGCAGAGGAUGCUGAUGGACUUUGUUGACCUUGAUUUCGAAAGCUUUCGCGAUGUGCUCGGCGAGGAGAAGACGGAUGAAAUGAUUGAGAAGAAGAGGGCGAUGGAAGAGGCGAAGGAGGCGAAGAAACGGAAGGCUGCUGAUGAUGGUGGAAGGGGAAAGAAGAAGAAGGGAAGAGGAGGUCGGCGAUGA